CCACAUUUAGGUGGUCAGAAACAAAUUACCAGUCUCUCUCUCUCUCUCCCUCUCUCCAGUUUGUCUCAUAUCUUUAUACCACAGUCUCCAUCUCCCUCACUGACACAUGCUCGCUCAUUCCCACACACAAACGCAGAUGUGGACAAUAAAGAAUCUCUCAAAUUUGUGUCUGUGCCACACAAUCCCUCAUAAGAAAGAGUGUACAUACGAGGAAUAAACGAAGCUAUCCACCAACCCUGUUUAAUAUUUAUUCAAGCAACGCCAAAACAGUAUUCUUAUGCUAUGUUUGGUGACCUGUCUGUCUUGAUAGCCUAUUGCCUUCUGGAUUUUGAAGAAUCACCAUGAAGAAGACCCUUCAAAGAGCUCAUCAAAUGGGGAGCCCUCGCAGCGAUUUCGAUCUUGGUGAACAUGAUCUUGAUCAAAGUAUUGCAAUUCCAGCCAAAUUUGCCACCAUUGCAGACAGCUUUGAAAAGAAAGAGCAAUCAUGGUUUGUAAUUUCUCAAACCCCUACAGACCUUACAAUUAAAGUAGCAGACAUCACGUUUUAUGCUCACAAGCAUCCAUUGGUUUCAAGAAGUGGCUAUAUGAGUCGGCUCAAUCUACAACCAUCUCCAAACUCAAAUAUUAAGUAUGACCUUAAGCUUGACAACUUCCCUGGAGGACCAGAAACAUUUGAAAUCGUUCUUAUAUUUUGUUAUGGUCUCCCUGUAGACCUAACUCCUACCAAUGUAGCUCAACUAAGAUGUGCAUCAGAGUUCCUAGAAAUGACAGAGGAGUAUGAAGAUGGAAACCUCAUUGCCAAGACUGAGGCUUUCCUCACAUUCAUGGUUUUCUCCUCUUGGAGAAACACCAUUACUGUCCUCAAGUCUUGUGAGUCUCUCUCUCCUUGGGCCGAGAACCUCCAAAUUGUAAGAAGGUGCAGUGAUUCCAUUGCCUGGAAAGUCUCCAGAGACAAUUCCACAGUGGGAGAAUCAAUUGAUGAUGAGGGAUGGUGGUUUACUGAUGUAUCAAGCCUUCGCAUUGAUCAUUUCGUUAGGAUUAUAACAGCAAUUAGAGCGAAAAGGGCAAAACCAGAGAUUGUAGGAGCAUGCAUCAUGCACUAUGCAGAAAAACAGUUGCCUGGCAUGGAUAUUGAAUUGGAGGAUCAAGAAGGAAAUGGGCAGGGAAGUAUGGAAUUGCAACUGGGUAUUUCAAAUGGGAGAAGACAAGAAGGUUGUAUUGGGCACAACAAAGAGCAAAGACUGGUCAUAGAGAGCCUAGUGAGCAUAGUCCCUCCCCAGAAAGAGGCUGUGUCAUGUAAGUUUUUGUUGUGGUUGUUGAAGAUGGCCAUGUUGUAUUCUGUAACACCUGCAUUAGUGUCAGAACUGGAGAAGAGGGUGGGGAUGGUGCUUGAAGAAGCAAAUGCAAAAGACCUUUUGAUUCCUAAUCUUAAAAGAGGAGAUGAUGGCAAGUUCAUCAAUUCUUCAUCCGGAGAAUGCACCAUGUACAAUGUUGAUGCAAUUCAGAGGAUUGUAGAGUACUUCCUGAUGCAUGAACAACAACAGCAAGAACAACAAACUUGUGAGAAGUUAGUUGUCGGAAAGCUAUUAGACAGUUAUUUAGCAGAGAUUGCAAGAGAUCCAAAUCUCUCCAUUGCCAAGUUCCAAUUUCUUGCUGAAUCCAUGCCCACAAAUACUCGAACAUGUGAUGAUGGCCUUUAUAGAGCCAUUGACACCUAUCUCAAGACUCAUCCUUCACUAGCAGAACACGACCGGCGGAGGUUGUGCAAAUUGAUGAACUGUGAGAAGCUAUCACUUGAUGCCUGCAUGCAUGCUGCACAAAAUGAUCGGUUGCCACUGAGAACUGUUCUCCAGGUUCUGUUCUCAGAGCAAGCAAAGAUGAGGGCAGCAAUCGAAGAAAAGGAACCAAAACCAAACAUGGGAAUCCCUGAACAGGAGAGUUGGUCAUCUACCAAGGAGAUGAGAUCCAUGAAAGAAGAGCUACACAAAGUAAAGACAAUGAUGGCAGAACUGCAGAGAGACUACUCUGAACUACAGCAGGAAUUUGAGAAGCUAAAUAUAAAGCAAAGAAGUCUUUCUAGGUGGAGUUCAAAGUGGAAAAAGCUCAAGAGUUCAACUUUCUUCAAUGAAAAAAUGGACGGUGAGGAAACUGGCGAAACACAGGAGAGUCAAAACCCAGUUGGUUGCAGAGUCAACUGCCGAAGGAGGCUCUCCAUGUCCUAAGAGCUUUCAACAACAUCCAUGUACUGUAAAUACCGAGACAGCUUAAGCACUAGACCAUGUCAUUAUCUGCAGUCUUUCUCUAAUCAUGCCUAGCAUCUUCACAUCUUGCCUUGGAGAAAGUCCAUCAGUCAUGUUUUUGAAUUCAUUUUGCUUUAGAGUAAAACAGUCAAGUGUUCUGAGUAAUUGAGUACAACUAAAAGGUGAUUAGGAAAAUAAUUAGUUUGAGAUGAAUUACACAUAUGGGUGUCUGAAGGAAGCACUUCAACCAUAAGAUAAAUGAGUUUACAUAUUUAUGUGCAACUUCACCAUUGUUUGGUGGGAUUUCAA